GCAGACGAGGAGGAGAGAGAAUCAUACGAGGAGAAAGCUCGGUGGUCGUGAAUCGAAAACGCCUCCGGAAUUGUUGCGCCCGUCCCACCUCCAAUGGCGGAUCAUCGCGUCGCGGUAAUCAUCGAGUUGAUUUCCUAUUUUUAUCCUCUCAAGGAUCAAGAAUCUUGCCCCCCACGAAGAACGAGAAAGAAGGGGCUGAAGCAAAGGCCUCCAAGGAUCAGAGCUAUCCCUUUUUGCUCGAGAGUCGGCGAUGAUCGCUUGAGGCAUUCCUCUCGCCUCUCUUUCUUUGUCCCCUUCUUUGAUUGAAUGUAGGUCGAUGCUCUUGGCAAAUUGUUUAGGGCUCUGAGAUAAUCUGAGAUAUCUGGUUGCUUCACUCCUCUGUACCUCGAGUUAUUUCUGAGGUAUAUCAAGGAAAAAGGUGGGCCCAAAAAGAAAACGAAGCAAACCCUGCGUGAGCGAGAUAGCUGAUAAUUUCUUGAGGUCAAUCAGAAAAAGAAAAAAAAAAGGUGCAUUCACCGAGGCAAGGAGAAAAAGGAAGCAAUCCUUGUUUGGGUGUGCAAGCUGAUGGUUGCUUGACGUACACUUUCACCUCUCUUUGGUUAAAAGGUCAAUCAGAAGAAGGUGCAAAAAAAGAAAAGGAGAAGCAAUUCCUGCAUAAGCAAUAGAAACGAUGGUUGCUUGAGUACUGCAGUAGUCUGUCUUGUGCUGAAUACCUUAGUUCCACAACGUGGCAACCCACAAAUUUGAGCUGAGGGGGAAGUUUCUAAAACAUGGCAUCACUUGCUGAUAUUGGGAUGUCUGCUGCCCUGAAUAUCCUGUCUGCAUUGAUAUUUCUGAUUGUUUUUGCUGUACUCCGGCUUCAACCAUAUAAUGAUAGAGUAUAUUUUCCUAAGUGGUACCUGAAAGGGAUUAGAAGCAGCCCAACACAUUCAGGAAACUUUAUAAAGAAGUUUGUUAACUUGGACUGCAGAACAUAUUUGAGAUUUUUGAAUUGGAUGCCUGCAGCAUUAAGAAUGCCGGAGCCUGAAUUAAUCGACCAUGCAGGACUGGAUUCUGCCGUGUAUAUCAGGAUCUAUCUACUUGGGUUAAAAAUUUUUGCGCCUAUAGCUGUGCUUGCAUUUGGUGUUUUGGUUCCUGUUAAUUGGACUGGUGGAACACUGGAGAACAAUAAAGAUUUAACAUUCAGUGAUAUCGAUAAGCUCUCUAUAUCAAACAUUCAAUCUGGUUCAGAAAGGUUCUGGGUGCAUUUGGCAAUGGCCUAUGUUUUUACACUUUGGACAUAUUGUGUAUUGUACACUGAAUAUAAGAAAAUAGCAUCGAUGAGGUUGCAUUUUUUGGCUUCUGCAAAUAGACGACCAGAUCAAUUUACUGUUCUUGUGAGAAAUGUUCCACCUGAUCCUGAUGAAUCAGUGAGUGAGCAUGUUGGGCAUUUUUUUUCUGUGAAUCAUCACGAUCAUUAUCUCACACACCAGGUUGUAUAUAAUACUAAUAAGCUCGCAAAAUUGGUUGAGAAAAGAAAAGGCUUAGAAAACUGGUUUAUCUACUACGAAAACAAGUACAAUCGAAAUACUAACAUCAGGCCAACUACAAAGACAGGACUUUUUGGUCUGUUGGGAAAGAGUGUGGAUGCCAUUGACUACUAUAAGGCUGCGAUAGAACAGCUACUGAAAGAAGAAGCAUCAGAACGAGAAAGGAUAAUUAGUGAUCCUAAUGCUAUAAUCCCAGCAGCUUUUGUGUCAUUUAAAACCCGAUGGGGUGCAGCUGUUUGUGCCCAAACACAGCAAUCAAGUAAUCCAACUUUGUGGUUAACAGAUUGGGCUCCUGAGCCCCGUGAUGUCUAUUGGCCCAAUCUUGCUAUCCCCUUUGUUGAGCUUACAAUUCGGAGGUUAAUUAUGGCUGUUGCAAUUUUCUUUCUUACCUUUUUCUUUAUGAUCCCGAUUGCAUUUGUUCAAUCUCUAGCCAAUAUUGAGGGAUUCGAGAAGGUCUUUCCUCUCUUAAGGUCUCUAAUAGAAACGAAUCUAAUUAAGUCAUUCAUACAAGGUUUUCUACCAGGAAUUGCAUUAAAGGUCUUCCUUAUUCUUCUUCCAACAAUACUCAUGACAAUGUCCAAGAUAGAGGGUCACACAUCCUUAUCAACAUUGGACAGGAGAUCUGCUUCUAAGUACUAUCUUUUUCUUCUGGUUAAUGUAUUUCUUGGGAGUGUUAUUACAGGAACAGCAUUUCAACAACUAAAUAGUUUCAUUCACGAAUCUGCUAACACAAUUCCUGUAACUGUUGGGAUGUCUAUUCCAAUGAAAGCAACAUUUUUCAUCACCUAUAUAAUGGUUGAUGGAUGGUCAGGUAUUGCUGCCGAAAUACUUAGACUGAAACCAUUGAUCAUUUUCCAUCUGAAGAAUACAUUUUUAGUCAAGACUGAACAAGAUCGUGAGCAAGCUAUGGAUCCUGGCAGUUUAGAGUUUGCAUCCUCAGAACCAAGAAUACAACUAUAUUUCUUGCUUGGAUUUGUAUAUUAUGUUAUCACCCCAAUUUUUCUUCCAUUCCUACUCAUCUUCUUCGGCCUGUCAUAUGUUGUGUUCCGCCAUCAGGUACUCUGGUUAUUAAGUUUUAUUUUUCAAUGGUAUCUUAUACUUUUUAAGAACUUUGCGUGGCGUUGUUCCUGUAGGACUCAUUUCUUAAUAGCUUUUCAUUAUUCGUAGUUUGGAGUUUAGGUUACAGACUAGCUGUGCACGGAAUUAAGGUGAGUAUAAAUUUUGCAAAGCAACUUUUACACGUUUUAUAUUGAUGUUGAUAUAAAAAUCAAUGAGAAAGAGUGUAGAUAUCAAUGAGGAAAAGUGUGUGCAGUGGAACAAGGGAACAAUUGGAUAGAGUGCAAGAAAAGUUGCUUUUGUCAUGGUAAUAUGAUGUUUUGACUUCUAACUUGUUUUGUUGUUUUUAACUCAAUCCUAUCAUCAAUCAGUUUUACAAAUGUAGAUAUCUCCAACUGUCUUCUUCCCACUAGUUUUACCAAUAUAGAGUAUAAAGCAGAACCAAAAGCUGAUGUUUCAUAGGUCUUUCUUUUAACAUGCAUGUCGCUGUUUAAUGUUUAGUUGCUUGUACCUUUUAGAAAAUGCCAACAAAAUAUACGUGCACACAGGUCUGUUUUAUUUGUCCCUGUGAGGUGAAUGUUCCGUAGAGAGAGAGCAAGAGAAGCACAAAGAAAAUGAAAGAAGAUUCCCUACAGCAAGAUUGUCGUUUACCCCGUUAAGGGUCUAUGCAAAUAUCUGGGAAUUUAGAGAACAUGUAUGUUUGCUCCAGGAUAUCUUUUAACUGCAAACAAGCAAGAUCUUCCUCAUUAUUGGACUUUUAGGCAUGGAGAUAAUACAACUAGGGAUUUGGUUUCCAUGGAUUGGAACUUUGCUACAACUUUGGUACAACAAUAUCACAUUAAUAAAUUGGUCUUUGAAGUCUUUGAAGAUUUCUGUGGAAUCUUCUCAUUUUUUGAGCUAUACUCUAUAGUAGAUGGAAAAUGUCUUGGGUGAUGAAUAGUACAUGUGUUUUUUGAUACAUAAGGUUCUUCAACAUAGAUAGAUGUGCUACAAGAUUAAUCUUACGCAUAUCGGCAUGUAAAAAUAUAAGUAUAUUUUUCCCCAGUUGGACCUAUUAUUUUUUUUGUUCUUUUGAAUAAAAUGCAUUUGAAAUGCAUGAAUCUUUUAUCAGUCAUUUUUUAUGAAUGCUAAUCCAUUCCAUUUUUGCUUUGAACUUCAAAUGUUUGAUGAC